ACAAACUUGCCUGUCAAAAAGGUUUACAGUAAAACGACAUUGUUACAGUUUAGAGUGUAGCACGGGUUGAUAUGUACAGUAUUCCCACAUUGUAUGAUUUAUGAAUGAUAUGAUGCGUGUAUUACUUCAGUAACUAUUACAUUCAGGCAGUGGGGAUGAGUUUAGCUCAGUGGUAAAGCAUUUCACUCCAGAUCUAGAUGUCACAGGUUCAAAUCCUCUGUGUAAAUAUGUCACUUUCAACAAAAAGCUUCUACUAAACGAUUACAUCAUCUGUUCGGUUUAGUAUAGUUAGCAGUAGUGUAGAGAAGCAGGAGGAACAGCUAAGUGUAUGCUGAUGUAUAAUGCUGACUGUUGCGGGUCUGUUGGUAGGACUAGUGAUGUGUGUUGCCGUCUGUUGCAGAGCUGUUGGUAGGACUGAUCAUGAUUCUCCAGAGGACUGGGCCCAGCACCUCCACUCCUCUCAGACCCAUCUGUGACCUGAGGGUUCUGGACCACUUCGUCUUGGAAGCCCUGGACACACAGAAGGCUCUGCGUGGCUGCAAGGCUGGGUGCACUGUGACGGCCUUGUUUGCUGUUCCUCCCACAAGCGUCGACUUUGUUGUCUGGGAGACAAAAGAUGUGGGGGCCCAGGUGGAGGAGGUGUGGUGGGGUCUGUCUCUGCUCAGCCAGGCCCUGGCUGCUGUGAGCACCUCUGUCAGCAACCCCGUCCUGCAGGAUCUGCUGGCCAGCGACAGGAGGAACCUCCAGAGCCUGGGCCAGGUGCUGCGGAGCCUUCACUUCCAGGGCCUCUCCUCGGCCCCGGCCUCCGCUGACCACCACACGCCAGCCCCGGCCUCCGUUGACCACCACACGCCAGCCCCGGCCUCCGCUGACCACCACACGCCGAGGCUGUCGUCCCUCCCAGAGCUGCUUGCCGUCCACAUCAACUUCCUCCGAGGGAAGGUCCGCCUGCUGCUCGCGCACGCACCUGCCUGCCAGCAACGAGCCAGCUGAUUGGAGGACUCACCAGGAGUGGAGGCUGUGAUUGGCUCCUCCUGGAGCUAAAAGGCGUGUGUACCACCAGUCUCUGAAUGCGUGUUCUAGUGUGGAACGUUUGGAGAACGCAGGUGGCAGGGCUGAAGAGGAACCUUAGUAAAAGGGAAUACUGGACUUGAACCCAUUCUCCACUGGCUGCUUAGAUACACAUGGAUGACAGCAAAUCAAACAUCAAGCUUCAAAUUCAUGAACAAUCUUUUAUCUCUAAUGUUAUUUACACCUCCAAUAAGCUUUAGAUUAUUUUUGUAUUACUUGAAUAUAUAGUUAUAUUUUUUAAAUUGGUCUACGUGCCAGCGAUGCUUGUUUUAAUGUUGGGCAUGUAACCUUUUGAUUUGAGUGUUUCUGCGUGUGUGAGUGUGUGUGUGC